CGCAAUGUUUAAAAUAUUCAAAUAACAUAUAACAUGUACGAAUAAUCGGAUACUUCUUAAGAAUGGACGAUCGUUGGGCAAUUAGCAGCCCUCCCCCGCCUUAUGACGUAAGCAAUGAUGACACGAGGAUCAAAGAUACUGAAAAACAUAGCAUUUACGUAGGACAGCCCGGAAACGUGUUCUGCAAGGGAGCUCGAUUUGAUGGCAUUUCAAGAAUGAAAAUACAUCCCCCUCCACCGGGAUGUGAGCCGAAUGAAUACCAGUCAAUGUUGAUGAACAAAAGUGGUGAGAUUUUGUUCACACCUGCACCACAGAGACAAUCUGGACCAAGCAAAUCAAAAAAUAAGAUCACUCCAAAUGUUACGGUUGUUGCGGACAUUCACAUGGCUUAGGAUCAAAAACUCAGUAUACUGUCAAUUUCCGUCCUUAUAAUGAUUUAUGUUCUCGUGUAUGAAUACGAACGACAUUUUUAAAGUACAUAAAGGCAUAAUUAUUUCAGUAAUUAAUAUUAUUUCAGUUUUAAGAACUUUCAUAUUAUAUACAAGUGCAAUUGUAUUGACAGGUCUGCGAUGCAAAAUUAAUGAUUUUCUGCGUCAUUUAAAUACAUCAAAUGAAAGGUUUGAAAUAUUGAUGAAAAUACACGAUCGCAUAUGCAUUUCUUUGUUAGCUUUACUCUCGUUUAAAUAUUCUGUUCAACGAACAAACAUGAUUUACAUAUAUUGUUAAUAAACAUAAAUCACUGGACAA